CUCCUCUGCUCUGCAUACCGUAUCAAGCUAUUUCUAGGCACGUAUUAGGAGCCAACACGGGAGCCAUGGCAUCCGAGGAUCCUGUAGUGGAAAUAGAGGAAGAGCCGUUUCAUAAAAUAGUAUUUUCCAACGAUCGCGUCCGCGUUUUCUCAGCCUCAAUCCCAGCAGGAGCCGCCACUCUCUUCCACCGGCAUGCGUGCAACACAUAUUUCAUCGCUGUUAGCGGCGGUUCCUAUCGCAAGCAGAUCUACGGCCAGGAAUGGCGCGAUACCUCCCUACCCAGCCGCGUGGGUUUCUGCGCGAGCUACACCACUCAUCCAGAAAUUCACAGGGUAAUUUCCCUCCAAAGUAAUCCAGAGCCCAUGUACAUAGUCGCGGUUGAGGUGUUUCCGACUAAGCCAGGCCCAGAAGCAGCAGCAGUUUCUACCACAGCCGACGCGAGUGUGCCUCUAGGGGUAGAGCCGCAGGAGUUAAUAAGUGCUCUCAAGGGUACAGCUCUGACCGGGAUUGGCUGGGAGCGAGACAAGAGAGGCGAGUGGCCUGACUUUGCCAUCCACUGUCUCACUCUGCAACCCGGCCAGAGCACAGGAAAGCAUGCCAUUCCCUUUCAUGGUGUGUGGAUAUCACUCACGGAUGGGAGCUCACUUUCUGAUGGCUGCAUUUCUGAGUCUGGUAAUGGUGGUUCCAUCUGGAAGGAGAUGAGGGAAGCGGGAGCAAGUAUGUACUGGCAGCCAAUGGAUGGUGUGGAUCUGAUCAACAAUGGAUCAAGCAACUACGAGGCUGUUCUUCUUGAGCUGCUUUGAUUUGAUGAGCCUACAUUUGCCAGAAUACAAAGAAGUUCCGAAACUAGCCCAUUUACACGCCUGUUCAUCAUCAAAGCAGACACAUG